GGCGGGGGUUCACAGGCCGUUGGCCGGUACCAUGAGGGAAUCUCCCGGAGCUGAGUCAUACGCGGGGGCUCUGGGCUGCGCGCUCUUCCUGCUGCUCUUCGCGCUGGGGGUCCGCCAGCUGCUGAAACAGAGGCGGCCGUCGGGGUUCCCCCCAGGUCCAUCGGGGCUGCCAUUCAUCGGCAACAUCUACUCGCUGGCCACCUCAGCUGAGCUCCCCCAUGUCUACAUGAAAAAGCAGAGCCAGGUGUACGGCGAGAUCUUCAGUUUAGAUCUUGGAGGUAUAUCAACUGUGGUUCUAAAUGGCUAUGAUGUAGUAAAGGAGUGCCUUGUUCAUCAAAGUGAAAUUUUUGCAGACCGACCAUGCCUUCCUUUAUUUGUGAAGAUGACCAAAAUGGGAGCUGUUAGAUACAGGGAUGUAGGAAUGAUACAUUUUUUGAACAUUUUUUUAGGCUUACUCAAUUCAAAAUAUGGCCGAGGAUGGGUUGAUCACAGAAGAUUAGCUGUGAACAGCUUCCGCUAUUUUGGAUAUGGUCAAAAGUCUUUUGAAUCGAAAAUUUUAGAAGAAACCAAAUUUUUCAUUGAUGCUGUUGAAACUUACAAAGGCAGACCUUUUGACUUUAAACAAUUAAUAACAAAUGCUGUUUCAAACAUAACCAAUCUGAUCCUUUUUGGAGACCGAUUCACCUAUGAAGACACUGAUUUUCAGCACAUGAUCGAGUUAUUUAGUGAAAACGUGGAGCUCGCUGCCAGCGCCUCAGUCUUCCUGUAUAACGCCUUCCCCUGGAUCGGCAUCUUACCUUUCGGAAAACACCAGCAGCUGUUCCGAAAUGCCGCUGUGGUCUAUGAUUUUCUCUCCAGGCUUAUUGAAAAAGCUACCAUCAACAGAAAGCCCCAGUUACCCCAGCAUUUUGUUGACGCUUAUUUAGAUGAGAUGGACCAAGGUGAAAAUGACCCGUCAUCUACUUUCUCCAAAGAGAACCUAAUUUUCUCCGUGGGCGAACUCAUCAUUGCUGGAACCGAAACUACAACCAAUGUGUUACGGUGGGCGAUUCUUUUCAUGGCCCUUUAUCCGAACAUUCAAGGACAAGUUCAGAAAGAGAUUGAUUUAAUUAUGGGACCCAGUGGGAAGCCUUCUUGGGACGACAAAUGCAAAAUGCCUUAUACUGAGGCAGUUUUGCACGAAGUUUUAAGAUUCUGUAAUAUAGUGCCACUAGGGAUUUUCCAUGCAACCUCCGAAGAUGCAGUUGUACGUGGUUAUUCCAUCCCUAAAGGUACAACAGUAAUUACAAAUCUUUAUUCUGUACACUUCGAUGAAAAGUACUGGAAAGACCCAGAAAUAUUCUAUCCUGAGCGAUUUCUGGACAGCAGUGGAUAUUUUUCCAAGAAGGAAGCUUUGGUUCCAUUUUCUCUAGGAAAAAGACAUUGUCUUGGAGAACAGCUGGCUAGGAUGGAAAUGUUCCUGUUUUUCACAGCCUUGCUUCAGCGGUUUCACUUGCAUUUCCCAGACGAACUGGUUCCAGAUCUGAAGCCCAGGUUAGGCAUGACAUUGCAGCCCCAGCCCUACCUCAUCUGUGUGGAAAGACGCUGAAAGCGCAUGGAUGUUGUGUGGAACAAGGCUGGAUGUUUGCCUCACCGCUGAACCUCAUUUAAUCGGCGUGUGUGUUUGGACAAAAGCCAUAAAGCCAAUUAACGCAGAUGCAACUUUAAAAACAAUACCAGGCAAUAAUAAGCAUCAGCUCUGAUGUUUUUCAAGCUUUUAUGACUUCUGAGAUAGAAUUACCUGUUGAGGAAGACAAAGGUGCACAUAACAGGUGUCACAUAAGAUACCAGGAUUUGCGACGGAUGCUUUAGGCAGAGCCUGGCUGUUCAGCCUCUUGUUGAGGACCAGGGGCCCUCAUCGCUCUUUGACUCCAUCUUGCUCCUGUCCUAGGGGAUUUGCUGCCAAAUGCCAAUGACAGCUUCCUUCUGAUAGGUAUUGUUAUUAAUAGUUUGUGUAGUGCUACUUCAGUUUAAUACAGAACUAAAGAAGAAAUUAGAACUCAGGUGAGUUUGGGUUAGAGAUAUUUUAGACAUGGUGGCAGCUGACAGAAGAAAUAUCUAUCUAUUUAAUGUAGAACCUGCCAAUGCUUCCCAAUCUUGCUCCCUACUAUGUCUUCAUAAGAAAUGCAUCAUUCUGCCCUGGCCAGUGAGGCUCGGUUGGUUGGAGCGUUGUCGUAACUGAAAGGUUGUGGCUUCAAUUCCCAGUCAGGGCACGUACCUAGGUUGCAGUUUGAUCUUGUCCCUGCUUAUACGAUCCCCCUCUGGAUACAUACGGGAGGCAACCAAUUGAUGCUUCUCUCUCACACCAAUGUUUCUGUCUCUCCUUCUCUCUCUGAAAGCAGUGAAAAAAUGUCCUCUGUUUGAGGCUAAAAAAAACCAAGAAUCGCAUCCUUCUUCCUACAAAUGAGGGGGUCUCUGUAACCCCUGAGUAUUCAUCCCCAAAGUGGCAGUUCAAUAGAUAGAGAAUUACAAUAAUGUAUUUAAAAUGAAAACAACACACAACAAUUUUUUAAAAGAUUUUAUUUAUUUAUUUAUUUAUCUUUAGAGUGGAAGGGAAGGAGAGAGGGAGAGAAACAUCAAUGUAUGGUUGCCUUUUGUGGGUCCCCUGCUGGGAACUGGCCUGCAGGGAACCAGCCUGCAAGCCCAGCAUGUGCCCUGACUGGGAAUCGAACCACAAUUGUCUGGUUUGCAGGCCCACACUCAAUCCACUGAGCUGCACCAGCCAGGGCUCAACAGUUCUUUGUAGGCACAAUUUCCCUAGUUACACUAUUUUCCAUAACCACUCACAGGGCUUAAAGAUUGAAUUCUUUUGACUUUUAAAGAGCUUUAGGCAUUUCCUCAGAUUACUGUCAUUUUUCUAAAGAUAAAACUAUUCAAAUCUGAAAAACAUGCUUUGGAGCCAGGGUAACUUGAGAGUGAGGGAGUUCUGUUAACAAUUAUACCAGGUAAAUAAGUAUAAACUGUGCCUGUGUUGGUCAAACUGGUAUGUAUAUUCCAGUGCUAGCUUUCUUUUUAAAAAUAUUAUUUUUCUGAAGUUGUAUAGUAAAAAUUUAUGCUCUUGUAACUUGGCUCAUGAAUAGUUGCCGCCUCCAAGCUUGGAAAUUAAAAUAGUGUAAUAAUUGCAUGAAUACAUAGAAAAAUGGGAUAGAAAAGAAAGUCAAAUAAUAAAAUAUGUAGAAGAAUAUCAAGUCAGUGGACUUUUUAACAGAUGAUAUUGGCAUUGGGACUACUCUGUAGUUAUUUGGAAAACAGUUAAAAAUGUGAAUGUAUCUCUCAUAGCAUAUGCCUUCAUCUACUACAAAUGGCUCAAAAGUUUAUAUAAAACAAAGCCAUAAAAGUGCCAGAAACAUGAGUGAAUUACUUUUUUAACUUUGGAAUGAGGAAACCUUUCCAACUGUAACUGAAAAUCCAGGAGUCAUAAAAGAAAAUUGGUACACUUUUGGAAGUUGGCUCCACAUUCUGUAUGUUGGUUUUCCUUUUUUUUUUUUGUUUAAUAUGAUUUAUCAUGGGAUCUCUCCAUAACACUACACAGAAAACUUCCUCAUUCUUUAUAUAGCUAUAUACUACCACAGGAUAUAACACACAAUGAAAAACAACAAUAUAAACCUUCUGCAAGGCAAACAACACCAUAAGUGAAACAAACUGGAAAGAAAGCAGCAAAUUUUAUCACAAAGGGCUAAUCUCCUUAGUAUCAUAAGAAUACAGAAGAAAAAGUCUAACACUGCGUUAGAAAACAUUGGCCAAUGGACGUGGACAAUUCACAUACACACAUGUCACAUUGCAAACAUCUAAAAAGAUAACUAAACCUUUCUCAUAAUAAAAGAAAUGCAAAUGUAAACUUUACCGAGAUAAAAUAUCUCAUCUAUCAUAUUGGCAAAAAUCUUGGAAUUGGCAAGUUUGUGCUAAAUAAAACAUGAACUUGUAUACAUGGCUAAUGAAAGGGCAGUCAGACAUUCCUUUGGAAGGGUAGUUUGGCAAUAUCUAUCAAAAAAAUACAAUUGAUGUAUUCAUCUUUUGACUGAACAAUUUUAAUUCUUAGGAAUACACCCCACAGAUAAACUUGAAUACAUAAUGAAGGAACAUAAUGAAGUGCCAUUAUUCACUGAUGCACUUAUAAUAGAACAACAAAACAAAGCUACUGUAAACAACAGAGGAAUGGUAAAAUAAACUAUGGUAUAUCCUGCAAUAGAAUAUUAUACAGCUAUGUAAAGAACGAGGAAGUUUUGUAAGUAGAGAUAUGGAGAGAUCUCCAGGAUAAAUCAUGUUAAAACAGAAAAAGAAAAACAAACAUCCAGAAUGGGGUAGCCAGCCUCCAGAAACACCCACAAUGAUCUUCACCUGGUAUGUAGAACCUUGUGAGUCAGGGCUGGUCUGUGUGACCAGGUGAAUGUGAUGGAAGUAAUGCCGUGAGACUCUAACGGCCUGUCAAAGGCAUUGCAGCUUUCACCUUGGUCUCUCUGAGUGAGCAUUCUGCGGGAAGCCAGUCACCAGGCCCUGAUGACACUCAAGCAGACCUGUGGAGAGGCCCACAUGGAGAGAAGCCAAGGCCUCCCACAAAUUGCCAUGGUCAACUUGCCAACCAGGUAAUGAGCCACAUUGAAAGUGGCUUUUCCUCAAGCCUUUAGAUGACUGCAGACCCAGCUAGCACAGACUGUGAUCUCAUGAGACAUCCUGAGCAAGGACUGCCCAGCCAAACCACUUCUAAAUUCUUGAGUGACAAAAACCACAAUGAAUGAUUAUUACCAGGAUAUUUUGGGGUGAUUUCUUAACAUUAGAUAAUGAAUACAAAGAACAAUAUAUAAAAUAUCUUUCCUUUUUUGUAUGAUGGGAGAAUAAGAAUGUGUGUGUAUAAAUGCACAUUAUACACUUGUAUUUGAAUAAAAAGCACUAACUAGAUUAAUGGGGAACUAAUGAAGAUGUGAUUUCUAAGAGACAGAAAAGUGUUGAAGAGGAUGGGGUGAAAGUGAGAUAGCUUACUGUGUUUUUCUUUUAUUCAUUAAAAUUUUGAUUACCAGUAAUUGUAUUUAUUAUAUAUAAAUAAAAAUAUAUAGUAAAUAUAUAAUACAUAAACAAAUUAAAACCAAAACAAUCAACAAUAUAUUCUUUAAAAUUAAAAAAAGGCUUUUUUACAAAGUACUAAUACCCAGAUUAAAUUGGAACCUCUGAGGAUAGAUCCCAAAUGAUUUUAAUGUGCAGCUUCUAUAAAAUACUGUCUCAAGAGAAGCUCUUCUCCAACUUUCUAAAACUGACACAUGCAGUAAUAGAAAAUCUAAAUAGUCCUCUAACUAACAAAGGAAUUUAAUUUAUAAUUCUUUUUUAAAAUGUCUACAAAGAGCAUUCUAGGUCUAAAUGAAUUCACCAGUGAUUUCUACAGAAUAGGAAAUGAGACCUGCCCAACUGAUUGUUUUUAUGCUAGGAUAAUUUUGGUACCUGAUGCUUAUCUAUAUAAAGAAAGGAAAAUAUAUGUCAGUCUCAUUCAUCUACAGAGGCAAAAAGUUAUAUAACAUCCCUACCAAAUUGCCUCUUAUAAGGACACCAGUCAUUCAAUUAGGGCCCUUGCAAUGGCCCUAUUUUAACUUAAUUACCACUUUAAAAGGCUCUGUUUUCCAAUGUAGUCACAAUAUGAGGUACUGAGGGUUAGGAAUUAAACAUACGAAUUUGGGGGAUAAGUGCAUGACAAAGAGGUAAAGAAGAAUUACAGGGCCAAGAUUUCAACAGAGGAGGAGACCUGCAGAAAUGAUCUUGGAAUGUCGUACUUUCUUCUACAGUGGUAACCUUCUGGGGGAGCUGAAGAGUUGACAAAUUUUAGUUUUAGGUAAUAGUUAAUAAGCUUAGUAGUUAGUGUAUGUAAAGAGCUACUGUUUCAGAACUGAAGGUACAGCCCACCCUGACUCCAGGAGACCGCAAGCAAGUCCACCUUUGUGCUCCAGGAGAGACCCUAAGCAAUCAAGAUGUUAUCUGAACUAUCGAGUUUCUCAGAGAGACAUGUUUCUGGGAGAGACAUCCCGUGGCCCCAGGCAGAGAUAAAGUCACCCAGGACACAGGACCCAGGUAGAAAAUCACCAGUCAAAAGAUGAAAGGAUGUUAGGGAAAUUGCCAGACUGCAGCUUUUAUCUGAUUAACCUCUUUCCUGAAUUCCAAAUCCCUUUCCUAUACUUCUUUCUCCUUAUUAAAAGGUUGGCGUGAAAGGAAAUGUAAGAUGGUUUCUUAGGCUACACAACCCACUGUCUUCUUGGAUCCCAGGCCAUCUGAAUAAAGCACCCAUAAAGAUUCAAUCCCUGUCUCUGAUACAGGGUGCAGCCAAGGGGAGGCCCCCCCAAAAAAAUUUGGAAUGGUGUCCAGAAUUCAAAAUGUGUAGGAAUAUUGGAGAGACAUAUAAGAUGCCCUCCCCCCUCAAGGGACGAAUGGAGCAGGGCCAUUGAGAGCUGUUUUGCAUAGCAACAGUUUUGCAGCUAACCUCUGGAAUGGUUACUUAACAUAUCUAUAACCUUUAAUUGGUUUCAUAGAUAUGUUAAAUAGCAGUGGCCAAGUUUGGAGCCAGGGAGAAGGGAGUGGCUUGGACCCAAGAUGUAACUAGGGGCUGUGCCCCUAAGUGAGAAGCACUGGUGUAAGAGCUUGGAAAAGAUGGGCUCCAGGACAUGAGGGGAUAACUGCCCAGGUGAGGAGAGGGCUAUGCGGUUUCAGCAGAGUGAGGACUCCCUCUUGGUGAGGUGAAAGAGGGAACCACGUGGUUUUGGCAGAGUGCAGACCCCCCUCUUUCCCAGGUGAAAGGGAAAACCACGCAGCUUUGCCAGAAUGGAGAUCCCUGCGGCCAGGUGAAGAAGAAAGCCACAUGCUUUUGGUGGAGUGCGAACACCUGCAACUUUGGUAGAAGAGGCCCACGCGGCUUUGGGGUGUUCCCUUUGGCCGCGGGGCCUGAAAAAGCAGGAGAGACUUUGGCUGGAACUGGGUACAAAGAACUCUUGCCAGUGGACCAUGAGAAGGUGCCACAUGACUGGAUUAAUGAGAUAUCCUGCACAGGGACACAGCUGAUGGUGCUAGCAGCCUGAAAAAGGGGCCUGUGCUCUUUUCCUGAUUUACGGUACCCGGAGUUGGGACAGUGGGAGAAGGGAGCGCUGUGUGGGUGUAGGUGUAUACC